AAAUAAGGCGAUCAUUUCAUGAAUGCAUCGCCGGUGUGGUGGUAAGGUCACUCCAGCUGCCUCAAUUCCCCUCUUUGUGUUUACACAUCCGGGUUUCCCUGUUUGCAGCCCAUUCCCCAUUUAGAAGCCAUUUUGGACACAGAUCAGUAACAUGCAUGUAAACCCCAACCGACCUCCCGACGCCGACGCAGUGGUGCUACUAUUCCAACUAAACAACCUCAAGAAGCACCGUCGGGUUUCGUCGCAGAUCGUGAAAGAGACCGUCAUCCGAACGUGGAUGUAAUUCCGAUGCGAAGCGGCGCACACAUCGAGGGAGUCGCUGCCCUCGUUGCGAAUCGUUCGCCUCCGUCUUUUCUUGCAACAUUGUUGCACCGCGGCUAUUGACACGCUCUGUGGCUACCGGGAGGACCGUGGAGGCCUGUGGUCGUUUUUUUUUUAUCCGCGUAACAUGUUUGGACCACCCGAGUUUUAAUGUUCGCGACGGAAAAAAGAGAGAAAAACCCGAGUCGUGUAUUUAAAACAUAACAUGUCGUUUUCAUGGCUGACUUGUUCACUUCUUCUGGGAACUUUAUGUGCAGGUUACAGCCUGGGCGAAGCGGAGACCCGCGAGUGCGUUUACUACAACGACAACUGGCGCACGGAGCGCACCAACCAGAGCGGCUUUGAGCGGUGCGAGGGCGAGAAGGACAAGCGGCUGCACUGCUACGCGUCCUGGCUCAACUCCUCGGGCACCAUCAAGCUGGUGAAGAAGGGAUGCUGGCUGGACGACUUCAACUGCUAUGACAGGCAAGAGUGUGUUUCCACGGACGAGAACCCCCAGGUCUUCUUUUGCUGCUGCGAGGGCAACUACUGUAAUGAGAGGUUCACCCACCUCCCCGACAUGAUUGGCAUCGGCAACCGAGUUAUAAUCCGGCUUCCCCCCAGGGUGCCGUCGCUGCUUAAUGUGCUGGUGUACUCUCUGCUGCCGCUGUGCGUGCUCUCCCUGGCGUUGGCCCUGGCCCUGUGGAUGUACCGCCAGCGCAAACCGCCCUACGGACACGUAGACCUGGGGGAGGAUCCUGGGCCCACGCCCCCCUCUCCCAUGGUGGGGCUGAAGCCCCUGCAGUUGCUGGAGAUCAAAGCCAGGGGGCGCUUCGGCUGUGUCUGGAAGGCCCAGCUCAUGAGCGAGUCUGUGGCGGUGAAGAUCUUCCCCAUUCAGGACAAGCAGUCGUGGCAGAACGAGCGGGACAUCUUCCUAACGCCCGGCAUGCGCCACGAAAACCUGCUGCGCUACAUCGCGGCCGAGAAGCACGGCAGCAACCUGGAGACGGAGUUGUGGCUCAUCAUGGAGUUCCACGAAAGGGGCUCGUUGACGGACCACCUGAAGGGAAACGUGGUGACCUGGAGCGAGAUGUGCCACAUAGCGGAAAGCAUGGCCUGUGGCCUGGCCUACCUGCACGAGGACAUCCCCAGCCACAAGGGGGAAGGACCCAAGCCCACCAUCGCCCACAGGGACUUCAAGAGUAAGAACGUGAUGCUUCGAGACGACCUGACCGCCAUCAUCGGAGACUUUGGUCUGGCGGUGCGGUUUGAGCCUGGCAAACCUCCAGGCGACACCCAUGGCCAGGUUGGAACCCGACGCUACAUGGCCCCGGAGGUCCUGGAGGGGGCCAUUAACUUCCAGCGGGACUCGUUCCUGAGGAUAGACAUGUACGCCGUGGGCCUGGUGCUCUGGGAACUGGUGUCCCGCUGCACGGAGAACGACGGCACCGUGGGCGAGUACAUGCUGCCCUUCGAGGAGGAGAUCGGCCAGCAUCCCUCCCUGGAGGACCUGCAGGAUGUGGUCGUGCACAAGAAAAUGCGCCCGGUACUCAAGGACUACUGGCUCAAACAUCCGGGCCUGAGCCUGAUGUGCGAGACCAUCGAGGAGUGCUGGGACCACGAUGCGGAGGCGCGGCUGUCGGCCGGCUGCGUGGAGGAGCGGAUCGGCCAGAUCUCCAGGACCAUCAGCGGCACCACCUCCGACCGGCCCGUCUCCAUAGUGACGUCGCUCACCAACGAGGACCUACCUCCCAAAGAGUCCAGCACCUGAUCCUCAUCACGCACCCCCGCAAAACGCAAGACUCGCCCUUUACAGAGGAGGGUUUUUAAGUCUUCUUAAAGUUUUUUCUUUUGCCGUUCGUUUGUCGGUUUGGUUACUCCCCCCCCGAAAUCCCGCACCCGAAGAUGGACCUUCUUGUCAAUACUCAAACAACAAGACAAAGAGCGAGAGUGUGAGGAAGAUGGAGGAGAUCCAUCACCACUUGAGCACCGCUGCUAUUUUUAUCUCCUGUAUCGGUUCCUCGUGACUUUUUUUUUUUUCCCACAUGGCCUGUGUGUUUUACUAAGUUGAUCUUAAGCAACACAUCCGUCUGCUGUAGGGUUGGGAGUGGCGGCGGCGGCGUCGAGCUCAUCCUCUCUUAAGCUCGCCCCCCCCACCCACCAAUGUGUCAAAACUCACCUUGAUGUCAUUACCUCAUGUACUGCUAUUUUUUUUUUUUUUGGUUCACUGGUUUGUAAUACCCCUUUCUUUGGUGACGUCGGCUGGUUUUUAUUCCCCCCCCCCCCUCUGCCUCCCUCUCUACUUACCACCGGUCACUAUGGUACAGCCAAAAAGAAAUAGAAACGUGUGCUCCAAAUCCUCAAGACACGCCUCAUUGGACCCUCCUUCAAACCCGUGGGGUUCCAGACUGUUAGCAUUCGGACUGUUAGGACAUCUCAUCUUCCUCAGGGGGUCGUGGCCUCUCGUUUUUAUCUCAAUGUGUGCUCCCUUGAUUGGUACAAAACAACGAUGAAAGAGGGAUGGAUGGCUAUGGGAAUGCGUAGGGACUAAGUGUUUUAUUUUUGGACGUUGGGACUUUUAUUUUUGACUGAUUUUUUUUUUUUUGAAGGGAUAACUGUCUGUCCUUGCAAAACUACCUCUCAGGUAUUCAGUAGGCCUACUUUGGAACUAUGAUUUGAGAGCCACGCUGUCUUAUCUUGCUCGCGUUCAUGGACACUAUUCCAGCUUUUUAGAUUUUUUUUCGCUUUAGAAAUGCAGUUACUAGCUUGCCACGGCUUCAAUGGACGCCUUAUGGCGUUGCAAUGAUGCAUUCUUUUUUUUCUUUUUUCAAAUGGAUGUUCACGUUUUGUGUCUGUGUGUGUCGAUAAUGUGACACGAGUUUUUCUAAAAGUAGAAGCGUUUGUCUUUGUAAGUUCGGGCUUAUCAUCACCAGCGCCCUACUUAAAAAAAGGCAACAUGUCUGUUUUGUUUUAUAUUCACUUUUUAGUUUUGUUCAAAAACGAAACAACAGACUAAUGUUGGACAGUAGUGGGUCCCAGAUACCUCAGUCACUGUACACCAUGCAAGGAGAGCCCACACGAGCUCUCCUGGUCUCAAAUGCAAUGCCAUAGUUGUAACAAUAACACCAGUUACCAUAACAUUGAAUGUCUUGUUGUGCUGCUGUGACUAUUCCACGAUACUCAAGGAUUGACCGAUUUCGUUAACGUGCGGCUUAACGUGUGGUGAACUCCCCAUGGUAUUACGUGAGGCGGAUAGUCUUUUUAUGAUUAGUAUUAUUUUAGGUUUUUAUUCUUCAAUUGGGUAAGCUCUCAUGCUGCUUACAUCUCCAAACUGACCUCAGAUAUUCUGACAAGUACCUCAGGCUUUUUCUACAUGUUUCUCUUGGUGUUUGUUGUUAAUGUAUUAUCGUGUUUAGUAGUCGAUAUUUUAUUGCCGGUCGGUCAGGCCUCAGGAGAUUUUGUUUAUUUUUUAUUUCUUUCAUCCCCCCCCUCCUUCUCUUGAACAGAGCCAGACCAGUUGUUGACACGGUGUGAUCGCUGUACAGACCCUAAAAAACGACCCUGAAGAGACAGAUUCUUGUACAUAGACCUGUAUACACAAGCCGAACACUGAUUUAUAUAUAUAUAGAUAUAUACAUGUAUCUAUAUAUAUUUAUACAUAUUUUGUUUCUUAAUACAGUAUUGGGGCAUUACUUUCUUUUCACAUGAAUGGAAAAGGGACUUCUCUUGGAUCUCUACCCUCUACUUAUUUAAGAGUCAUCUUCCACAUGGAGUCCUGUGAAAUAUACAGUAUAUAUAUAUUUUUUGCAAUGUAUUUUCUAUUGAAUCUUUCGAGAAAGCGGUUUCCCCCCCUAUUAUAAUUAUUGUUAUUAUUACAAUUGGAAACAGAACCUUUGAAUUAGAAGCUGUGUAGUUGAAUGUGUUGGGUACAAUUGCAUCAUCUCUAUUGGCAAACCACCAACACCCCCCCCCCCCCCCCCCCCCUGACAAAACAAAGCAAGCCUCCUGGCUGACAGUGUUAGUGGCCACACCAAGAAGGUGGACCCCCCCCCCCAUCCAUCCUUUAAUUUUUUGUUUAAUGCCAGUUUGCGCAGUAUUACCUCUUCUAUUAACCUGCUGAUGUGAUGUUUUAAAGCUGUUGUGUGAUAGUCUAGUCAGGCCAUGACUGCACACAGUUGGACCUCCCCCCCACCAACCCACUACCCCGUCUGUGUACCGGUACUGGGAGCGCUGGUCACUCUGACUCGUGCGUCGUCGCCGUCGAGGCAGACGGGCUAAUAUACAGCCCGACGGGCCGCCGUGAUUUGUCCCCGAACCGUAGGCCCCGCCCACACCAACACGGGUUGUGAUUGACGCGGACAGCUACCAAUGACGCAACACACCACUGGACCUGGUAACAGUGGGUCAGGCGGGCCCCAGCAAUAUUUAUUGUACAGCAAUAGUCAUAUCAUAGAUCCGGACGUGAAAGAAAUACUCUACUCAGCUGUGAAUUUCUCCCCCCUGACGGGACAGGGGCGGGGCUGUGGGGAAUCAAUGAAAAUGUAUCAUACAACCUGGCACAUACUCAGAUUUUUAUAUGUAAAUGUAUGUAUAAAGUGAUAUCACCACACAUUAGCCAUGUGUAAAUGGAAAAACUGCUGUAGAGUUCUACCUGAGCCCGGCGUGCCAGGACACACACACACACACACACACACACACACACACCCUCCUUAUGCUGUCUCUACUACCAGGCUCCUUGUGAACACGAAACCACUUACCUCAUGCGUUCGCUCAUUUGCAACACUAACACGGAGACUCAUCUUCAAAACAUAUAUGUAUAUAGUUACUUGACAAAUGUAAAAGGAUUCUUCCUUUUUCAUGUUUGAAUCCUGUGAAAAUGAUCAAUUUACAGUAAAUAUGUUGUUCACUUCUAUUGUGGUGUGAAUGGAUGGAGUGUUUAAAUUGUGUGUCUCUGUGUGCGUGUGUCAGUUCCACUAAACGGUGUGAAUGUUAACUGUGAGCUAAAACAUUUAGAAAUAUAAACUAGAGAGUACAUCCAUCUUUUUGUAUAUUAAAAUAAAGAAUGAUUAACUGUA